AUGUCAUCGAUACGUCGGAACUUCUCGACUACAGCUCGCGCUCUCCUUGAAUUCAUAUGGAAGGGGACGACCUCUAACCCCCAAUACGAGGCUCGUAUUAAAGCGAAACUUGCCAAGAACCGGAAACUAGCCGAUGCUGAUAAGGUGGAGAUUGCUGGUGACGAACACACCUCGCCAGAAGACCCUAAGGCUCGCGUGUCGGGGCAAGUGUUCAAGAACAACCGUCGACUUACAUCUCUCCACGCAUAUCACGAUGGAACGAUCAUAUACUCCAAGGACAGUAUCAACAAAGCCCAAGAAGACUAA